AUGGAUACCAGAAACCCCUCCGCCCUGGAGCUGCCCAAGCUACUGAGCCAAAGCACAAGGCAGGACACCUGGGCUCCCAGAGUACGAGAGAAGAACGUGCUGAGCAGCACCGCGGCAGCCCAGACCUUAGCCAACGUCAUCCGGCCUUGCUAUGGCCCCCAUGGGCGCCAGAAAUUGCUGGUAACUGCUACAGGAGAGACGGUUUGCACCGGCUACACCGCGGCCAUCCUCAGAGUCUUAGAGCUGGAACAUCCGGCCGCCUGGCUCCUCCGGGAAGCAGCCCAGACCCAAGCUGAGAGCAGAGGCGAUGGCACUGCCUUCGUGGUCCUCCUGGCAGGAGCCCUGCUGGAGCAGGCCGAGCUCUUGCUGAGGGCUGGCCUGCCCCGCGCACAGCUCCAGGAGGCCUAUGUAGCAGCCGCCACGGAGGUCCAGGCUACACUGCCCUCCUUGGUGAUCCGAUCUCUGGGUCCUUUGGAAGACCCCUUUUGGGCCCUCUAUUCUGUGAUGAAUACCCACACUCUGUUCCCUACGGGCUUCUUGACCAGGUUAGUGGCUCAAGCAUGCUGGGCCACCAGGGAGCUAGAUGGACACUUUAACCCAGAGCGCCUCGGCGUGUGCACACUGCGCGGAGCCACACUGGAGGACUCGUGCCUGCUCCCAGGGCUGGCUGUGGCCGGGAAACCCUGCGGACAAAUAACCGUGGUGUUACGAGGCGCCAGGAUCGCUCUGUUUGCCUGCCCCUUUGGCCCAGCCAGUCCAAAUGCUCCAGCAACUGCCCGUCUCUCUAGUCCUGAUGACCUAAUGAAAUUCAGGAAAAUAAGUGAACAAUUGAUAGAAGAGCAGGUGUCCCAUCUGGCAGCUAUGAAUAUUAAUGUAGUGGUGGUGUGGGGGGAAAUCGAUGAGAAGGCCCUAAUACAAGCCGAUAGGUUUGGAAUCAUGGUGAUUCAAGCCAAGUCCAAGAGGGAGGUGGCACACCUGAGUGAGGUGUUGGGCACACCUUUGCUGCCUUAUUUGCUUCCUCCCUUGGUGCCAGGAAAGUGCCAGAGGGUCUAUGGACAGGAGGUGGGAGAAAGUUUGGCUGUGGCAUUUGAAUGGGAUUGUCCAAACACACCUGCUCUCACCUUGAUCCUCAGGGGGCCCACAACUGAGGGGCUAAGGGGUACAGAGCAGGCUGCUUACCAAGGGAUUGAUGCCUACUUCCAGCUGUGCCAGGAUCCCAGACUACUUCCGGGGGCUGGGGCUACAGAGAUGGCUCUGGCUAAAAUCCUCUCAGAAAAAGGAAGCAAACUGGACGGGCCUGGUGGUCCUGCUUUCCUAGCCUUUGCCCAGGCCCUGAUGUCUCUUCCUGAAGCCUUGGCUGAGAAUGCAGGCUUAGCUGUUACCAAUGUGAUGGCAGAAAUGUAUGGAGCUCACCAAGCUGGGAACUUCCUUAUAGGAAUGGGUACAGAAAGGGUAAUAGAUGUGGCCAAGGAGCAGGUAUGGGAUACCUUUAGGGCCAAGUCUCAAGGACUUAAAGUGGUAGCUGAUGUAGUGAGACAGCUUUUGACUGUAGAUGAAGUUGUAGUGGCCAAGAAAAUCCCCACUCCACAGGAGGACUUGAGUUCUAAUUCUAAAAAGGCAAAGAACACCCAUCUCUUGUGA